UUUUCUGAGAAUAAUGUCAAAGCAGAGAAAUGGUGCGCUGUCCCUUUAACCAGUACGAGCGUCGCAGGGUCAUGUGGUCUGCUUCCUCCUUAAAAGGAGCAGAGAGAUUUUCCGCCGUAGUCACGAAAAUUGAUCCGGUGUGCGGCCACUGAGUUUUUACCUACUGCUGCUACCGCAUUCAUUGAUGUUUCAAAGCAAAAAGCAAAAUAAAGAAACAAACGGGAAAAUUGAGUUGAGUAAUUCCUGUGGCGCACCGUGAUCAAGCCCUUUCCGUGGGAUAACGGAACAGUAAAAACUCAAGGCCAAGAACAGUAAAAACUCAAGGCCAAGAACAGUAAAAACUCAAGGCCAAGAACAGUAAAAACUCAAGGCCAAGGCAGUAACAACUCACGACCAAGGACCAGUAAAACAUCAAGCAACCCCCUCAAGAGAAGAUCAACAAAGAGGUGCGAUGAAGAAGAGGGAUCCAAAUUAGGCCCUCUGUGCUUCUGCAGUUUAGAGGGACAAAAACAAGAAGUACUCCACAGUGCCUACAGUGCCCCCUUCAGACUGACCGGUCACAAGGAAGCAGCCAAAAUAGGCUGAAUGCUGUGGAUUCAGUUUGGGGAAAAAGUAGGACUCUGCAGUAACUUAUCACUGGGCCAUCCAUCUACCCAGAUCAACCAGUAAGAGUAUGAAUUGGCCAUAGGUUUUGAUUGAAAAAAAAAAAAAAAAAAACUAUAAUAUUUUUCAAUAAUAUAUUCAUCAGACUGGCCAGUAUAGAAACAGCUUCAAAAAGAAGUAGCCAAAUUAGGCGUUGUGUUUCUCCAGUUUGAAAGAGAGAAUAUAUAUAUUAAAAAAAAAGGACUACAGUCAUUUACAAGAGGUUCCCCCUGGAGGAAGUAGAGGAUCCCCCUCAGACUGACUAGACAAGAAGUGCAGUGAAGAGGAGCCAAAACAGGCCCCCUGUGCUUCGCUUCUUCAGUUCGAGAGAGGAGAAGGAAAAAAAAGUAUCCAGGAGCGCCCCUCAGACUGACCAGCAAAGAGGCAUGGUGAAGAGGAGCGCAAAGUAAGGCUUUAGGUGCUUCUUCAGUCUAACUCAAAGAAAAAAAAAACUCCAUUACUGGUAGUGCCACUUCUGACUGACUGUUAAAAAGGCACCUUCAAGAGAGGCCAAAAUAGGCUUGAUUGGGCUUUCCGUUUGAAAGAAAAAAAGGGCUGCCGUAGUUAACUAGGACAGAAAAAAGUGAAGGAGAAAUUGGCCAAAACAGGUCCUCCAAAAAGAAAAUAUUUUCCAAGAGAUAAAUAAAUUAAAAAAAAAAAAAAAAAAAAAAAAUGGAUUCGGCUGAGAUAGUGACCCUCAAAGAAAAAUGCCUAAAGGCACAAGCCCUGUUUAGCAAGAAAGCUUACAGGUUGUUAGAAUCAGUGCAACACAUGGAGAAAGAUGUUCUUAUUAGUGAAAUUAAAGUCCUCAAAGAAGAGUUUGGAAAAAUGCAUGACGCUGGCCUAGACUAUACUGACGCCUUGGAAGAAACUGUUGGUGCGGAAGAAGAAACAGCGCAGGUCAACGAGGAAAUAACCAAGUGCCUUGCUGCCUUCACUAAAGCGCUCCAACAUGCCAGGGAGACUCUGUGGUCACAAUAUGCCGAGGCUGACAUCCAGCUGCAUGCUGAUGGGGCAGAAAAGAAGUGGGCAGAGGUGGAGGCCACUGAAGUGAAGAAGCUGUCUGAGACUGAUCACCACGCCCUGAAAAAUUGCCUGCGGGAGAAAAUUCAUGCUCUUGAGGAAAGGGUGCUCGAGUGGGACAGUCUCAUCCCUGUGAAGGGUAUGGUGUACCAUCGGCAGGUGUACAAUCUGUGCAACAAGCUGCGUGACUGGGAGCGGAGCUGGCAAAAGUCACAGCGCAUCCAGACCAACAAAGAAUCCGUGGGGUCUGGAGCUUCACAGCCAACACACCAGGUUCCCAGCACCGCAUAUGCACCAGCACCAACCUCUGCCACACCUACUGUUUCAAAACCCAAGGUCGCCAUAGAGAACCUGGACAAGACAGAUUGUGCCACACUUCUUCAUCUCCUUGAGCAUGUGCAGCCAACCAGCCCCAGAAAUCUUUCCUCGCCACCAAGUCAGCCACAGAAUGCAGUCAUUGACUCCAGCACAGACUGCAUGCAAGGACUGGAUGCAACCCUGCUCACCCAGACAGAGCUGGAAGGAGAGAUGAGGUCCACAAAUGAUUUCACUGAAGAAAACGAUGCGUUGGUGCCAUGUGAGAGUAGCGCCGCCAUCCAUCUGGAAAUGGAACCAAGCCUGAAAUUCAAGAAAGGAUGUGAAGCAGGGAUGAAGGACACUGGGAGACCACAAGAAAGUGAAAUCUCAGUCACGGGUGAUGCCCACCUAGAGAAUGUCAAAUCUAGCCCUGCAUCCCUCCUUCUGUACAAAACAGUACACAUGACUGCUGGGCUGCAAGAAAGUAAAAGCUCAGCCAGAAGCAACCAGCUACAUUCCACAUCUGACCCUGUGUAUCCUUCGAAGCCAGAGCCAUCAAACCCAGCUAAAAUGGCAGAGGGGUCUGGUCACUUCAGAAAAGAAACCAUAAAAGUGGAUGAAGUAACACCAGCCAAGCCUGCCGCCAAACUUACUCCAACGAAGCCACCUGCGGCUGAGUCUGACUGCAACACUGGUCAGUCAGAGAAAGGUCAUAGGAGGCCCUCUGCCGUAGGACAAUGGAGGAAGGCAUUCCAGGUGUCGCUCGCUGUAAGCGUCCAGCCCUGGAAAUGGCCAAGGAAAAAGUGCCCACCACCUGCGACAACCCCUCGCAUUCCAGAUGGUCGCCGACUGCCUCGAGGAACCGAGAAGUGGAAAAUUGGCUGGGUGGCAACAGCCAGGUCCCAGCUCACCCAAAGUGGGAGGUGAGACCAUUAUAUGGGACCAUCGCUUGCACGAGUCGAACAGUUGCAGUCUGGCUGAAGGGUAACUGCCAGAACCCGGUUCCUUCCAAGUGGGAGGCAUCCGGGAUCAGCACCUGCACGGGCCAAACCGUAGAGGUCUGGCUGGAUGGCAAUGGUCAGGGCCGGGUCCGCCCAAAGUGGGAGGCAAGACAUCCCUGGCCGUGGAAGGAAAAGCAACGCGAAGCCCUCGUGUUGCCAUCUACGCUGGUGCCCUCGCAGGGUUCCAGAAGAACGGUCCACUGCUGUCCACUGCGGUCCACUGCUGAGCCACGAGAAGGCAGGUGGUCCUUCUUGUGGAAAGAAGAUGAGGAGAAAAAAAUCUCCAGCUUGACCCAAUUGCCUGGGUCAAAUCAUGUCCUAACCCCCUCUCACUCUCUCUCUUUCUCACACCCUUACACUGUUGGCUGGUAGGUGCACGCCGAACGCUGCCACCAUGACCAACACGUUCUGCAUGUACACACACCCACACCCACACACAUCAAGCUGGUUGGUGUAGGCCGAACGCUGCCACCACACUGAUAAAAUUGCACUAGCGCGAAGAAAAAAAAAAAAAAAACAUGCAAAAGCCAUACAACAUGCACAUUCCUUACCCACAUACCUGGGCACUAGCCAAAGGGAUGUGCUGGACAUUGGACUAUGCUUGAACUUUGUACAAAAAAAAAAAUGUGAAAAGUGUGUGUGAAAAAGGGUACCUCCUGGAAAAAAAGGGAAUUCAAAUGUGAAAAUAUGUGUGGGUUAGCCAGGGUGUAAUUGAUUGAAGGAGAAAAUGUAUUGUGUACUUAAAACAGGGGUAAGAUUUAUGUAAUUGGUAAGUUCCUUGGAUCAAUGAUCAGGAACUUAAGUGGGAGGUGUUUUGUUUUCUGAGAAUAAUGUCAAAGCAGAGAAAUGGUGCGCUGUCCCUUUAACCAGUACGAGCGUCGCAGGGUCAUGUGGUCUGCUUCCUCCUUAAAAGGAGCAGAGAGAUUUUCCGCCGUAGUCACGAAAAUUGAUCCGGUGUGCGGCCACUGAGUAAGUUCUUUGUCUUUUAAUACUUUCUGUUACAUGUUAACUUUGCUAUCUUGUAAUAGUAAUGUUGAAAGUGCAUUUGUAGCGUCUAAUCCACGGUUUGCGAGUAAACGCUUUCCAUGUGGUUACUGACAAACAUCUCCCUGCUCGCGUGUAAAUAAUGGUAAUAUGUUGUAGCUCCAAAUUGCCUGGCAAAGUGUAGCGUUAUGUGUUGCGUGACUUAUCUUAAGAAGAAACAAACAUUCAGUUGAAACCUGUACUGUUAAUAUUUAAAUGGCUUGCAGUUGGUUUGGCUGUAACAUUUGGUUAAGAAUCAGUCAACUGGCACGAGUAACCUCUGACUCGCUACAUGCAUUGUGGGAAAUGGAGUCAUAUUGUAAAGCUGACUGCAUAAAUGUUAACACGCUUCUCUAAGUUAUUUACCUCUUGAUGUAUGCUUUUGCUUGGGAUGAAGGCUUAAUGUUAAUCUUAUUGAUGCAGAUUAUAUCUGCUGUUGAUAUUUACACUGCUGCAUUUAAUGUGGUCCUUCAUGUGCAUUAAGGGUAAAAUUUAGUGAUUGAAAUGAUGGUCCAUGGAUUUAUAUUUGUCAUUCAUGAUGAAGUACUGAUGUGUUUACUGUCUAUAUGGACAGUUGUAAAUAUUGUAUGGCCAUUUGUAAAUAUUGUACAGAAAUGGGGAAGUUUAAAAUCCAAAGUUAUUGAGACCUGAUUCUGUAUUUAUUUUGAUAUUGUUUCAGGUUUUUACCUACUGCUGCUACCGCAUUCAUUGAUGUUUCAAAGCAAAAAGCAAAAUAAAGAAACAAACGGGAAAAUU